AUGAGAGUAGCAGACAAUUUACUGCAGAGACUGAGGAGAGAAGAGACUUGCAGACUCUUUGGAUCUGAACACUUGUUGGCAACAAGAAUGACUUUCCUCAAGUUUAUUGCAUUUUGUACUUUAUUUCUGGAUUUGAUCUUUACGGUCAUGGUCAAUGGACAGUCAGUAAGUCAGAGCAAGGCUCAAAGCAGUCCCACUUGCAGUCGUGGUCCACCCGGACUGCCUGGAAGAGACGGCCGAGAUGGAAUACAAGGCACUCCAGGCAGUCCUGGGAUGCCGGGAAGAGGCGGCCUUGCGGGUUCUCGAGGCCUCCCAGGUGACGAAGGGGCAAAAGGAGAACCUGGAAUAGCUGCUCCAGCUUCUCCUGGAACAAGUGGUGUUAUUUACAUUCAAUGGGGAAGAAAACAGUGUUCGGCAACUGAAGUACAAACUCUUUAUUCUGGAGUCGCUGCUAGGUCGCAUUACAAUCACGGUGGAGGUGGAGCCAACACUCAGUGUCUUCCACUCAAUCCCAUAUGGGGAUAUUCUAGAAGUGGUGAUCAAGGAGCCAGUUAUAUUUAUGGAACUGAAUACGAACUUGGUAAUGGCAUUCAACCAUUCAUCAAUAAAGGAUUGCAUAACCACGAUGUUCCUUGUGCUGUGUGUUAUGCUGCCACUAAGAACACUCAGUUCAUGUUACCAGCAAGGAACAUCUGUCCCAGUGGAUGGAGCAGGGCAUACUAUGGAUAUCUCAUGGCAGAACGCCACAAUCAUUCAGGAAGAAACAUGUACGUAUGCGUCGACUACAACGCAGAACCGACAGUUGGAAGUUCUCCAGAACAUGAUGGCAAUCUAUUUUAUCCUGUUGAAGGAAUAUGUGGAUCACUUCCUUGUCCUCCCUACGUAAAUGGUAACGAGCUGACCUGCUCUGUGUGUCUCAAGUAAGCAACAACACGAAAUUGAAACUCAAUGUAGUCACAGUUAACAUUUGCACUAGCUGUAGCAAGAUUUUUAGUUACUCUACCAAUAAU